AUGAACGUAAGCACAACUUCAGUAGAGUCGUUAUCAUCUGAUCUGUCUUUGAUUAGCGCCCACUCUCACAUUAGCGGUUUGGGUCUUGAUGACAAUCUGCAACCACGUGCCAACUCUCAAGGUAUGGUUGGUCAGUUAAAAGCUCGUAGGGCGGCAGGAAUUAUCUUGAAGAUGAUUCAACAGGGUAAGAUUGCAGGGAGAGCAGCUUUAAUUGCAGGGCCCCCUUCUACAGGAAAGACGGCUAUAGCUAUGGGAUUGAGUCAAUCGCUAGGCGAUGAUGUACCCUUCACUUCCAUUGCGGGCAGUGAAAUUUUCUCUCUUGAGCUGAGCAAAACCGAAGCUCUUACGCAAGCGUUCCGAAAGUCCAUUGGAAUCAAGAUUAAGGAAGAAACAGAAUUGAUCGAAGGUGAAGUUGUCGAAAUUCAAAUUGAUAGAUCUGUCACUGGUGGUCACAAACAGGGAAAACUUACUAUCAAAACUACUGAUAUGGAGACAAUCUACGAACUGGGAAACAAGAUGAUCGAAUCAUUACAAAGAGAAAAGAUCAUAGCUGGUGACAUUAUAUCUAUUGAUAAAGCAAGCGGAAAAAUCAGUAAGUUGGGAAGAUCAUUCACUAGAGCCCGUGAUUAUGAUGCCAUGGGACCAGAAACUAAAUUUGUACAAUGUCCCGAGGGAGAGUUACAGGUGAGAAAGGAGGUUGUACAUACCGUAAGUUUACAUGAAAUUGAUGUGAUCAAUUCAAGGUCUCAAGGCUUUCUAGCCCUGUUUUCUGGUGACACGGGGGAAAUUAGAGCUGAAGUCAGAGAUCAAAUCAACACCAAAGUUGCUGAAUGGAAAGAAGAAGGAAAAGCUGAAAUUUGUCCAGGUGUGCUAUUUAUUGACGAAGUACACAUGCUAGAUAUUGAAUGUUUCUCAUAUCUUAACAGGGCCCUGGAAGAUGAGUUUUCCCCGAUUGUAAUUAUGGCUACGAACAGAGGCAUCUCUAAGAUAAGAGGUACCUCAUACAAGUCACCACAUGGUCUCCCAAUGGACUUGUUAGAUCGUUCAAUCAUCAUCCGCACAGAAUGUUACUCAUCAUUGGACAUUCAGCAGAUUCUUUCAAUUAGAAGCAAGGAAGAAGAGGUGGACUUGACAGAAGACGCUCUAGCAUUACUUACAAAGAUUGGUACCGAAACCAGUAUUAGGUAUGCUUCUAAUUUGAUUAGUGUGUCCAAUCAAAUUGCCAUUAAGAGAAGAUCCAAUACGGUUGGUAUUGAAGAUAUCAAGAAAAGUUAUAUUCUGUUCUUAGACAGCGACAGAUCAGUGCAGUUUCUGGAAGACAACAGACUGCAAUACAUCGAUGAUCAGGGAAACGUGAAUCUUAAUGUUGACGUUGUUGCUGACAAAAUGGACACCGACUAA